AUGGAAUCUCAAAGCAAUGGGACACCUGAUCUCGCUGCCGUCUUAAAAACGCUCUCUUCAUUUAACACUCCACAACCAGGCCAACCUCAAACAAACAGCACAUCACAGCCAGCAAGUGACCGUCGCCUUGAUAAUACUAAUAGGACACACACACCCUUCCAAGCGAACUCUGUUCUCUUGUUGAAUGGACAGGAGUCAAGAUCCGGACCCCAGGGCAAGGGCUCAGUUGAUCCAUCCACCAUCACGACAUGGCCCGCAGCUAUCAAAUACGUGAUGAAAACCGUUGCUCAGAAUGAAACCGUUCAAUAUCGGAUUCGACGGCUGAUUGCCUCACAACACGAGCAUGAGAGGAGUUGGUGGCAAGGACGGCAGACACUUCUAGCAAAGCAAAAAGCUCGAGCAGGAAAUCAGAAGAAGCUAGACGAAGUAUUGCGAGCCGUGGGUGGCAAGGUUACAGAGCAACCACACGAAGCAACCCGAAAAGUAACCAAAGAGCAGAAACCGGCAGAAGACGAACUAGAGAUCAAACGCUAUGACGAGAAAGUCUACAAAGCAUCAGUGGAAAUGUCCAAGGCUCUUCAUUCGGAGCUUAAAGCGUUGGGAGUUCCAUUCUUUGCCACAAAACAAGAACUUAUCCAGCCUGUGUCGUCGGAUGACAACUCGAAACUGGCGGAACUUCUUGCAUCCUGGAGAUUAAAUAUUUAA